AAAUUUUGAAAUAAAAGUAUACAGUAUGAGAUCGACGACCACAGUUGUCUGUUGAUUUACUAUAAAUCGCUCGCAUGAGCUCAUCAAUUUGCGAUCACGACUCUCCUGAUACAUAACUACUUACACGAACCAUGACAUCAAACACGACUCUUGCGAACCUUUUGGACGUGUCGCAGGACCACCACGAUGGAGAGCACUCCCAAGUGCCUGAUGACGACGAGGCCUCCUUUCUGACCGAGACGGGGAGCAGCAGCAGCCCCUUGCCCUCGUCGGAGCAGCUAGACGAAGAGCUGGACACUGCCUUGUCUGCGUUUGACGCGCAUGUGUCCGACUUCUGCUCCGCUGCAGCAGGAACGAUGGCCGCAGUUGCAUCGGGCUGUUGUGCUACAGGAUCGAAGUCCACCGUCUCUUGCGCGCCGGGCUUGCAAAGCAUUCUGGAGGAAGAAAGCGAGCGGAACUUUUCGAGUUCAGCAGGAGCGAGAAGAAGUGCUCGUCCCCGGUCGUCGUGUAAAAGUUCUUCAUCCACUCCAGGAGCUGCUUCUUCUUCCGCUUCUUCAUCUUUGUUAUCAUGUCCCCAAAGUACUAGAACGGGAAAGCAACAUAACUCCACUUCGUCCGCAGUUUUUGCAAGCAGAACGGAUGCAGCAGCUUCACCCGUGACGAGCAUCAAGUCGGCACAAGCAAACACACUGGACGAGACAUCCAAAACCAAGGUCGCACAAAAACUCUGGGAGGGGACGGGAACAAAUCGUCAUGAACAAGAUGAUACCGGCAUGAAUUGUUCCGUCAAAGAUUUCUAUUUCCGAAAAAAACUACCAGCCGUCACAACUGCAAUCGGCGGCAGCACGAAUGCAGCGGCAGCCCGCGCCGGCGCGCAAGUGCAUCACCUCCUCGUGCCCCAACAGGCAUCGAAGUCGCAGAUCUGCUUUCUUGGCGCAGGGGCCGCUGGGGAAAUCGACGAAGAAGAAAAAUACCACAUACUGCAAACCUUCGCGUUAUGGACACGAUCUUCCUCUAAGCGAGAACCACUGGGUGUCAGAGAUGAGUUAAGUGAUGAAAUAGAUGAGCUGCUGCGUGAUGAUGAUGAAGAUGGACAAUUUUCGUCCGGCUUGCGCCUGACAAAGUUGGAGAAGCCGGGGACGACCGCCAGCCUGCAUCCUUCCCUGUGCGGAUACACAAACGAGAACAACGCGAGCUGUUCCUACUGUUUUCUCAACAAGAGCGGGCUGCCUGUGGAGCAUGCGCACCAGGCUGCGCUCGUGGAC